AUGCCUCCGGAUCUUUGGAGCGCAGCUUAUCGUGAAGCUGUUGAGAGUCUCGGGGAGGAUAUAGACGUUGCGAUUCUCAAAGGCAGUAACGCCGCCCAGCUAUUCAAACAGCUCGAGGAAGUCGACAAGGAUGUAAUUCAGGAGUCGGCCUUUCUCCGUGGGGUGGCAUUUUUGCGGUCCAUCCAAGUACCGCUCGAAAGAUUCAAGCUAGCGCUGGAUCUAGCAUCCCCAGUGAGCAAUCUUGAACCAGCUGCAGCUACUGUCUUUGGUGUGGUCAAAAGUGUGACAGCGAUUGCUAUAACAUUCGCGAGCGCGGACUUGGAGUUUGCUAAGCAGAUUGGCGAAAUGCUAGAACAACUUUCAUAUAUCGACGACUGCGACACGCUUGGUCAAAGAGCGAAUAGGCAAGACAUUCACAAAGCACUCGUCUCCGUGUAUCAGAAGGUCUUAGAGUUCUACCAAGCCGCACACGAGAUUCUCACGAGAAGGGGAGCAAAACUGGUGAUGACAAUGGUUCUAGAGACGGAUCGUCUACCAAAUGUUGUUCACGACUUCUUGAGACAUGCCGAUACUCUUCGGAAACUUAUUGAAAAAGCGACAUGGGAGGUCACUGAGGACAUCAAGGGUAUGCUCUAUGACCAAGAAAUCGACAGGUGGCUUGGCUGUAGCAAGGUGAGUCUGCAAACCCAGUACCAUGCAGACUUGCAAGAGCUUCGGACCGAUGAGGCAUGUACAUUUCUACUCAUGCACCCUGACUUCAGAAAAUGGUAUGGUGCCUGCGACUCCGAGUGGCUCGUGAUUUUUGGUGAGAUGGGUAGUGGGAAAACGAACGCAAUGGCAUUCAUUGUUGAUGAGCUAAGUCAAAGAAACGAACACCAAUUACCCCAACCGAAGAUAUGCUAUCACUACUGCCGGAACGAUGAAACUGGACAGGUGGGUUAUAUAUUCGCUGCACUAAUACUAGCACUGCUUGAACAGCUCCCUGGCCUGAAAAAGACGUUCCAUGCAUGGUACAAAGAGAAGCAGGCUUCAGGCGUUCCAGACCCAGUAAAAAAUACGAGAGAACUAGGAAGAUUUUUUAAGAACGUAACAGAGACUCUGGAUCGACCACUUUUUAUCGUUGUCGAUGGCUUAGAUGAGUGUGACAGGGCGUCGCGAGAGACCCUUCUCAAGUCAUUGAGAACAUUGUCACAGAAAACCCCGAGGCUCAAGAUUUUACUCUCAUCUCGUCCUGAAAGAGGGAUUCUAGAGCAUCUGGCUGACAUACCUAGAAUUAAUAUGAGUUCGGACGAGCAGAGAGACGCCACUAUUGUCCGACAUUCAGUGGAUAGUCAGUUAUCCUAUCUAUCAGAAGAUGUUAGGGCACUCGUCGUGAAAAGGCUGUCCAGCUCGGCACAGGGAAGCGCGAUAUGGACAAAGAUGAUGGUCGAACUCAUUGGGAUUCGUCGAAUCGAAGCGUUUGAACCCAUGCGACGUUUUCUGAAGGAGAUGCCUUUGCCUGACCAGCUUUCUGAGCUCUACAUCUCCAUGGUUGCGCGAUAUUGUUCAGAUGAUUCCGAGAACAAGAAGCUUGUCGCAAUAGCUCUGAAAGUCCUCACUGCUGCGUGCAGACCCCUUAGCAUCCAAGAACUUGCCUGGGCUGUGGCGUUAGCUGCGGGUCGACAUGAGGUCAGUACUAUCGCUGAUCUUGCCCAGCUGGUAGAUCAUCAGAGAGUAAUGAGUCUGAUCCAUCCAUUUAUUGCUCGUACCGAUCUCAAUGAUCUGAGAAAGCGUCAAAUCCGCCUUGUUCACCAGUCAGUGAAGGAAUUUGUCAUACGGGAUUGGCCUCUUCUGGAGAAAUCGGCGACACCAACAGCGCUUACUUCUAUGAACGCAGAUCAUCAAAUCGAAAUGUUAGAAUCUUUCCUUCUGGACAUUUGUAUUGACUAUUUGCUAUUAGAUGAGGUUGGUAGCUUCCAGCUAUUUUCGGAUGCGCAAAUUGCAAUUGACGAGCUGCCUCAAGAAGCCGACCUGUUCGAGAACACAGAGUCAGCCGAGUACGAUCCAUCUUGCACGUGGGAGGCAUGGGAAGAAAACAUGGUGCGCUACGACCCAGCCGAGCGUGGCUUUGGUCACUUCUUCGUGUAUGCGGCAAGUCAAUGGCUUCGACAUUUGAGCUCUGUACGAAGCGGAAGUCUGCCACAGCUCACGAAGAUAGAGAGCCUAUGUCAGGCAGGCUCGAUUCGACUUCACAACUGGAUCAGACAAAACUGUCGUCCAGACUGCGCGAUCAAGGCCAGAUUUGAAUUCGACAGUCAUUUGUACGAUCCACUCAGUAUUGCUUCACUUUACGGUUCAGAUGCCAUGCUCUGCGAUAUGCUUGAGAACUCGAACUUCGACAAGGACAACUUUCUGCCCUUACCAGCUAUUGCUGCUGCUGACCAAAUUCUACAAUGGGGUAAUCUUUCCAGGCUGAGAACGCUCUUUCUGGAGUACAAGUUCGUCCAUCAGCUCCACAACCUUGAUUUCUUCCGACUUAUCACAAGGCGAUGGUCAGAAAUUGGCGCACGCCAUAAUGACUGGAACGUGGCUUUUGAUCUUGUUGAUAUUGUGUCGAGUAGGCUUGUACAGGAAAAAUGGGGCAGUGAGCUCUUGUGUAUGGCCGCUCGUGCUGGCUGUAUGCCUCUAAUUCAGCAUCUACUGAAUGCAGCCCAACAUGAUUCAGAGCUGAAGGCUGAACUGCUACGUGGCUCUCAGUCGAUUGCGGACGCUGUUUUGGGUGACCAUGUCCAUGUGGUACAGUGCUUGCUAGAGCAGGAAGGCUUCGAAGCACACCUUGGCUACCUGAACAAUCGCGGCGAAAACGUCCUUCAUCUGGCGUCAAAAAACUGCAACCCCUCAAUAUUGCGCAUCCUGGUUCCACAUUUUCGAAAGCGUAUGGAUCAGACCGAUGGUCAGGGACAGACAGCUCUAUUGCGAGUCAUCAAGAGCAACUCUGGGACACGACACCGAUACGAAUCAGCGAAGUUACUACUGCUAUCGCAGACCAGCGCUGAUAGUGUCGAUCCCUCUCAGAACGAGCAGCAUGGUCCAUUGCGGUUAGCUGUGCAGCUAGGCGAUAUAGAUAUGUGUCGCCUCUUGAUUUAUGACGGCAGAUUCAAUCCAAACUCUGCCUUAACACGUGGCAACGACGGGUUAAUGGUGCUGAAGGACAAGCCUCGGAUCAAUGGCGAAGCCAUACUGCGGUUGCUACAAAAGCCAGCUCAAUCAAUGGAGUGA